AUGUCUUUGCCUUGGAAGACUCCUCCCGGUAACUCAGACACAAUGCCUGAGAUCGGGGUGAAAAUCAUUGGAGGUAAACAUUUCCGAUACCUCGUGGAGAAGCCAGACAUCAAGGAAAAUGAGAACUCAAAGGCAAACUCCCAAGAAUCAACCCAGAAACUCAAAACUUCUACUGUGAAGCAAGUGAGCGGUGAUGAACAAACAAAUUACAAUCCAAAUGAUGUGGAAGAGAACACGCUCUCAGAGAACAAUGAGAAAUUCCGGUCAGUGGCACAUGGCAGCAGAUUCCUGGAUGGCAAAGUCUCCAGAUGGACAAAUGUCCAUUGCAGCUCUGUGCCUACCGGAGACCAAUCAUUAUCCUAUUUGCAUGACUUUCCCAGGAGAAAGCUUCGAAAUCAGUCCUUGGAACAGAUGGCAGUGGCUGGAUCUGAACAACCUGAGGAUAUUGACCAGAAGCCAAGUGGAAUCACAGAGGAAGACACUUUGCUUCUUGCUGUUGUCAGAAGAGAACUCAAAUCACAUGCCCUGAGUUCCAGCUUCUUGGAUAAGCUUCAAGAAGAGCUGCAGAUCCUGGACCCUAUCUCUUCAGGGUGUCUUCUGCAGUCCCAACUGAGCCACCUCUUCCUGAGACAUAAAGUUCCUCUGCAGUUACCAACAGUCAAGAUUCUUUGCCAGCGAUUUUCUAGGAUGUGCUCCCCUGAAAUGGUGGAUUACAGAAAGCUACUCUGCUUUCUAAAAGAUGCAAUAUCGGGUGAUUCACUGAAGAGUCAAUCAGGUGCAGACAAGAACAUGAGGGUAGUUCAGAGCCACAGCAAGCAUCAGCAAAGACUUUCACCUCAAGACUCCAGCUCACCGACAGAAGUGAACAAGGAUCUGGUGGGGAUUUUGAAAAUGGCAUUAAGGACAGCCAACAGUAAACUCAACAUAGAAAAUCUCAAUCUGAGUUUUCGAAAAGAAGAUCGCUCCUUCUCUGGCUGUCUCCCCCCACCCAAGGUGAGGGCUAUUUGUGGGAAGCAUGGUUUAUAUCUGACCUUGAGUCUUCUGGAAACAUUGCUUGCUCAUCAAGAUCUUGGCUAUCAAGAUGAAAUAAAAUGGCAGAAAUUUCUUGAGUUGCUGAGCAGAGCCUCUUCUGAUUUGUCAUCCUAUUUGCCUACAGGAAAGAAUGAAAAAGAAUCCUUGGCCACUCCAGUGGAGACAGAAGUCCCUCGGACUGAACAUGUGAAAACUUCAGAAGAGGAGCUUCAGCCAGAAAACCCUCCUGCUGAGACUCCAACCCCAAAGGAUGCUUGGAGCUUGUGGAAGAUCCGACCAAUCUCCCAGCCUUCCACAAACCCAGCGGUGGGGAAAGAGGCUGAAGAAAGUGAGACAUGGAUCAACAGGUUCAGGAAACUCGAAAACGCCCUCUACCUCUGUGAUCUGAGCAACACAGGAGUCCUGGAGAAGGAGCGAGCCAGACGCCUCAUUCACAACUACAAUCUUAUUUACAAUCUGUCCCUGAGCCCUCAGAAAAUCGACCAGGCCUUGAGGAGGUUCCGUUCUGGAGACAACAUACUCUUGGAGCCAGCUCUGCGGUUCUUAAAGGAGCUUUGAUAACGAACCCACGUUGUGAGAACAGAUAUUUCCCUGGACAUGCGCUUCUCUUCGGCCUGGGAGCAGUGGCGAGGAUGCUGUCAGAGCCGAGAUGCUG